AUAACUCUUUUACUUCCGGGUCCUGUAUGAACCUUUUGGGUUAAUCUUCUACGGUUUUUAUGUCUUGUUUUUGUGCACACCGUUCUUGUCUUCGCAUUUUCAGAUUUGCAGGUGUUAUUGUCUUGUCUUGUGAUGUAUCACCAGCCUGUGCUGAAGAACAGACGCACACUCCUCGAAAGAGCUGAGAAGUUUAUCUCUGAUGUGUAUUUCACAGACUGCAAUCUGAGAGGACGGCUUUAUGGAGACUCUUGUCCUCUGGAAACCAUCUCCGCCUUCCUCUCUCCUAAAAGAAUCACAUUCACUGAAGCUUCCACACAGAACUUUGCACCUUAUAAAGUUGGUGAGAACUUUGGACAGACGUGGUGGACAUGCUGGUUUAAGGUGACUCUGACAGUUCCUGAACACUGGAGAGGGAAAGAGGUUCAUCUUCUGUGGGAAUGUGAUGGAGAAGCAAUGGUUUGGAGAGAUGGACAGCCAGUUCAGGGUCUGACUAAAGAGGGUGAAAAGACAAGUUAUAUUUUGUCUGACUGCCUCAAAGAUGAGGAACCCCACAGUGUCACCCUUUAUGUGGAAAUGGCCUGCAAUGGACUUUUUGGAGCUGGUCAAGGGUCCAUGAUUGCAGCUCCAGACUCAAACAGGAAGUUUUCUGUACAGAGGGCUGAACUGGUAAUAUUUAAAAGGGACGUGAGGGAGCUGCUGACUGAUUUUGAGAUGCUCAUCGAUAUAGUUAAGGAACUUGGUGAAGGAGAGCAGCGAGGAUACCAGGCACUCUUUACCGUUAAUGAGAUGGUGAACCUCUGUGACCCGGCUGAUCCCAGCUCUUUCUCCAACGCACACAGUCUGGCUCAAAGGUUCUUUAGCCAGCGGAAUGGGGACAGCCAGCACACUGUCCAUGCAAUGGGUCACUGCCACAUAGACUCAGCCUGGCUGUGGCCAUAUGAAGAGACUAUUCGCAAAUGUGGUCGAAGUUGGGUGACAGUGAUCAACUUAAUGGAGAAAAAUCCAGAGUUCGUCUUUACUUGCUCUCAGGCCCAGCAGUUCCAGUGGGUAAAGAGCUGGUACCCAGGACUCUACUCUAAGAUUCAGUUUUAUGUGAAGAAAGGCCAGUUCAUUCCUGUUGGAGGAACAUGGGUUGAAAUGGAUGGCAAUCUGCCUUCAGGUGAGUCCAUGGUCCGGCAGUUCCUGGAAGGCCAGCGCUUUUUUCACCAGGAAUUUGGAAGGUGUUGCACAGAGUUCUGGCUUCCAGACACAUUUGGCUACUCUGCUCAGCUUCCUCAAAUAAUGCAGGGGUGUGGUAUUUCCAACUUUUUAACACAGAAGCUCAGCUGGAAUUUGGUCAAUGCCUUUCCUCACAACACAUUUUUCUGGGAAGGUUUGGACGGCUCCAAGGUUUUGACUCACUUCCCACCUGGAAAUUCCUAUGAAAUGAAAGGCAAGAUUGAGGAUCUGGUAAAAACUGUGAAGAAUAACAAGGACAAAGGCAGAGCCAAUCACAGUGCAGCAUUGUUUGGGUUUGGUGAUGGCGGUGGUGGACCCACACAGCUGAUGCUUGACAGACUGCGCUUGGUUCAGGACACAGAUGGACUUCCCAAGGUCCAAAUGUCCAGUCCUGACCAGCUUUUCUCAAAGCUUCUGGCUGACUCAGCACUUCUGUGCACUUGGAGUGGGGAGCUCUUCCUGGAGCUGCAUAAUGGAACUUACACCACUCAGGCCCAGAUUAAGCGAGAAAACCGCCGGUGUGAGACUCUGCUUCACGAUGUUGAGAUCGCUAGCAGCUUAGCCUUGUGCCAAAAGAAGACUUUUCAGUAUCCUCAGGAAAAGCUACAGCAGCUCUGGAGGCUGCUUCUUCUGAACCAGUUCCAUGAUGUGAUUCCUGGCAGCUGCAUAGGGAUGGUUGUGGAGGAUGCUCUCAGAUAUUAUGAAGAUAUCUGCAGUGACGGUGCGCUCCUUUUGCGUGAGGCUUGGGAAGCUUUGGGGUCAAAGGGCAGCUCUGUCGGUGUGUUCAACUCUCUGCCUUGGGAGCGCCAUGAAGUCAUCCAGAUUACAGAUGGUGCUGACAAAUCUGGUCUAGCUCUAGUGAGAGUUCCCAGCAUCGGUAUGUCUCCUGUCAAAGAUACACAGCCAGUGACUCCAGUUUCUGUCACUGUUCAGUCUGAUGGCACUGUCCUUAUGGAGAAUGGGACUUUGCAUACUGUGAUAAACAAAGAUGGCACAUUGGCAUCAUUGUGUUUGAUCAGCCCAAACAGAGAAACAGUCUCUGAUGGCUGUGUUGGAAACCAGUUUGUUAUAUUUGAUGAUGUCCCCCUGUACUGGGAUGCUUGGGAUGUAAUGGACUACCAUCUUCAGACAAGGAAGCCAGUAGUGGAGGUGUUGCAGCCUGUUCAUGUGGUGACUUCAGGAGGACUUCGAGGCAGCGUCAGCUUCACCCUCAGGAUCAGCGACAAAAGCACCGUCACCCAGGAGAUCGUCAUGGAUGCCAUGUGUCCUUAUAUAAGGUUCAACACAAAGGUGCAGUGGGCUGAGUCGCACAAGUUUCUCAAGGUUGAAUUUCCUGUAAGAGUACGCAGCCUCAAUGCUACGUACGAGAUUCAGUUUGGCCACCUGCAGAGACCCACACACUGGAACACUUCGUGGGACUGGGCCCGAUUUGAGGUUUGGGGUCACAAAUGGGCCGACUUGUCAGAGCACAACUUUGGAGUUGCACUUCUGAAUGACUGCAAAUACGGUUAUUCCAUCCACAAGAACACAAUGACUCUGUCCUUACUGCGAGCACCUAAGGCACCAGAUGCUACUGCUGACAUGGGGACUCAUCAGUUCACCUAUGCCAUCAUGCCACACACAGGAUCCUUCCAAGAUGCCUCUGUAAUCCAGUGCGCAUACAACCUCAACUUCCCUCUGAGGUUGAUGCAGUGCAGCGCUGACCCUGUACCCUGGAGCGCCUUCUCUGUCAGCACUAAAUCGGUCAUACUUGAGACCAUUAAGCAGGCUGAGGAUGGAAACAGGGCCCUUGUGGUACGUCUCUAUGAGUCAUAUGGGAGCAGCGUCAGUGCAACACUGCGGACCACCCUUCCAGUCAGAAAAGCCUGGCAUUGUGAUCUCUUGGAAAGGCAAGACCGCACCCAGCCAGCCGACAUGACAUCCGAUGGCAUCACUCUGAACUUCAAACCCUUUCAAAUUGUGACCCUGCUGCUCAUCUUGUGAUGUUUUGCAAGUGAAAAAGAACUGGCAGGUGGAAUAUUAAUGUGUACUUUGGUCAGACUUUUGCAAAGUGAUGACUUUUCAUAAAAUAAACACCUUGGUACAACAA